AUGGAGGUUUCAGAAAGAAUCAAUCACGCUCGAAGCCCCAAUUUACGUGGGCCUGGCCUUUGGUUCAACAGUUCCCCUCGUCACUGUCGGUUUAUUAUGCGCCUUCCUCGUCGGGAGAGAGCAUUUGGCGUCGAUCCUUUCUACUUCACUUUAUUCUCGUGGCUUGUGGCUGGUCGCGGCUCACUGGCGAUUAAGAUAUCACGGGUCUCCGAUUGGACGUGGAGAGAAUUCUUGCUCCGGCAGGUGACUUGUCGAACUGCUCGAGAGAUCGCGACAGUCUCCGGACUCGACCCGCAAGAUAUCCUCAUCAUCUUACUCUCGUCCAACUGCUCUAAGCCAAUGGACACUACUGGCCCUUAUCAAACAGUUUUCGGCAAAGAACGCGUGAAAGGUGGUUUUUCAAUCGAUGUCAAGACCGAAUUUAGGACAUUUGUGAACUGCGGCCUGCUCCCGACCAAAGUUCAAACUCUUGAGGGGCCUGCAUUACUCCUGUUUAAGCUCGUCGUAGGCUUCUCGGGCUUGCAAGAAGUGAUGAUCCCAAGGUAG